AGGUAGACCUCCUCUCCUGACGUUCACUUGGGAAUUUUUUAGUCAUCUCCUUUCAAAGUUCUUCGUUAAUUCUCGGCUGCAGACAGACAUGGCAGAGGAUAAAACUUUUCGGUACGGACUGAUUGUCCUGGGUUUUUUCUUAGUGAUGAUUGGCAUGUUCAUAAUGAGCGUGGAUAGGCCCCACGUCUAUAUCACGUUUUGUGCCAUGGGAGUUUUCAUGGUGUGUAUCGGGAUAACGUGGAGCAUCUGUCAGUGUUACCCAAAGAUAACCUUUACCCCUGUGGAUUUGGAAACAGUAGCGUUAACAGAGAAGGUUUCAGAGUAUAAAGAUAACCCAACUCCUGAGAAGCAGUGCUCUACGACUCAUUAUACCACCAGCAAGGAAGCAGAGCGUUAUGAAACCUCCUUGCCACCCUAUGAACAAAUUCACAUAAAAGUAGAGGGACCUGCUGAGCCAAAGGGAGAUCAGUCGGUUCCUCCGUUCUUGCAGCCCUUAUUCAAGGAACCAUCGCAGCCGAAACUGCAGGCCAAAGUUGAAAUACACAGGAAUUCAUUGAGCAACGAGGAACUCGGAGAAGGGACCCUAGUUGGGAAUGGAAAUAUAGACUGCCAAAACACAGCACCCCUUGCUUCACUAAAGGAAGAAAUAGAUACAACAUCUUUUGACGGCUCCCGGAGUAGCUUGUCUUUGGAGAUUGGCGACACCGACCCCAACGUGGAAACAUAUAGACAAGAUUGUGCAGAACACUCAGGAAGCCCCUAUUCGGGAGCAGGGAUUGCCCUUAUAGAUGCCCCGGUACCAGCUUGUGAAGGGAUAUAUUUACAUGUGGAGCCGGAAAGUUUUUCUAUUCCAAACCAGGAGAUGAACCCAGCCAAUGGAGGUCAACUCAUGCAGGCCUUGACACCUGAUAAUACACAGGACACGGACGUGGACGACAUGUAUUAUGGACUGAAUGAUGAGCCUGAUCAUUUCGUUAUUGCUGGUCAAUCAGACUUUGAACAGUGACUGUAACUUGAUUUUUUUUCUAUAUAAUGCCAACAUUUUGGACACUGGAUAUUUAUUUUUUUCCCCAAAAAAUGUCAGUCACUCUGUGUCAGCUGUUCGCCUAUGGCUACUAUUAUCCCAGAGAGUUUUGUAGUUUAAAGUGAAGUAAAUAUAUAUAGCAACAAAAACAUAGUAGGCAACUAUGAAGUAUUAAUAAUGAAGACACAAUCUUUUUUUUUGUUUAAUUUACAAUGAACAUUGUUUAAGUGUAACUAUUAACUUGGUCCAUUUAAAGUGUUUAAUGAGACUAUAUGAUGUCAGCACUGCAGACAAGAUAACUGACAUAAAAUAUAUAAACUGUA